AUGCCGUCGAUUCCCGAAGAGCCAUUGCUAGCCCCUAACCCAGAUCGAUUCUGUAUGUUCCCAAUUCAAUACCCACAAAUCUGGGAAAUGUACAAGAAAGCCGAGGCUUCGUUCUGGACCGCCGAGGAAGUCGAUCUAUCACAAGACAUCCGUCAUUGGGAAACCCUAACCGGCGACGAAAAACACUUCAUCACUCAUAUUCUUGCCUUCUUCGCAGCCUCAGACGGCAUCGUUUUGGAGAAUCUCGCCGGUCGAUUCAUGAAAGAAGUCCAAGUCGCGGAGGCGCGUGCCUUCUACGGCUUCCAAAUCGCCAUCGAAAAUAUCCACUCCGAAAUGUACAGUCUGUUGUUGGAGUCCUACAUCAAAGACUCCAAUGAAAAGAACAGACUCUUUCACGCAAUCGAGACCGUCCCUUGUGUUGAAAAGAAGGCCAAGUGGGCUCUCCGAUGGAUCGACGGCUCAGAAUCGUUCGCCGAGCGAUUGAUCGCUUUUGCUUGUGUAGAAGGCAUAUUCUUCUCUGGAAGCUUCUGUGCUAUAUUUUGGUUGAAGAAGCGUGGAUUAAUGCCGGGUUUAACCUUUUCAAACGAAUUGAUCUCGAGAGACGAAGGUUUACAUUGUGACUUCGCUUGUUUGCUAUACAGUCUUCUUCGAAUGAAGCUGAGUGAGGACCGAGUCAAAGGACUCAUUGCUGACGCGGUGGAGAUAGAAAGAGAGUUCGUGUGCGACGCAUUACCAUGCGCCUUGGUGGGUAUGAACUGUGAUCUGAUGAGUCAGUACAUUGAGUUUGUGGCUGAUAGGUUGUUGGGUGCAUUGGGAUAUGGGAAAUUGUACAGUGCUCAUAACCCGUUUGAUUGGAUGGAGCUGAUUAGUUUGCAGGGGAAGACUAAUUUCUUUGAGAAGAGGGUUGGGGAGUACCAGAAGGCUUCGGUGAUGUCCAGUUUGAAUGGGAAUGGUGGGACCCAUGUGUUCAAAAUGGAUGAAGAUUUCUGAUUUUAAGGAGGUUGUUUGUUUAAUUCUUCGAUUUUCUUUUUUGUUUACAUGCGAGAUGUUUGUUUGGACGGUUCAUUUUCUUUGUCGAGAGGUUAUAAAAAAUAGCUUUUAGUACAAUAUGUAGACAAACUCAACACUUUUCAUUUCAAUUGCUUCAGAACAGCCUCCAGUUAAGUUCUCGAUGUAAGUAAAUUUGUUAGUUCAAUAAUUCUUUUUUCUUUAAAUUGUACUAGAUUACCUUCCUUCAAUGAAUAGGACCAAUGGAAAUUAUCUCUGCCUCCACCAACUUUCUCUCAAUUCCACUAAAGAUUAUUUGGAACCUUAUAAACCUAUUAUUUUGAAUUUUUGUCUGUAUUUUUAGAGUUUUAUACAACUUUUAGUGGAAUAGAGAGGAAGGUGGUUGAGUCAGAGAUGAAUUUCAUUGUCUUAUUCACUGGAGGAAGGAUUAUCUAGUAUGAUUUGAGGAGUGAAAGUGGUUUUUGUUGAACCUCAUUUUGAAGAAAAAAAAAUUGUUAAACUGACAGAUUUACUCUCGUCAAUGACUUCACUAUAACAGAAAAGAUGGAAGUGUUAUUUUGAAGCAAUUAAGAUGAAUAGUGUAGAAUUUGUCUAGAUGUUUACCCUAGAGAUGAAUGUGUCACUUACCGGAAAAAAAAAAGAGACGAAUGUGUCAGUGAAUGAAUUUGAUUUUCAACAAGAACGAGGCGAUCAAGGUUGUUACAGGAGAUUUGCUCAAACUGGAAUACCAGAUUCUAUUGUUUGUGCUUAACCAAAGUUAGACAUACAAAUCAAUCUCUGUACUGGCUUUUGUUUGAAUUCUUUGG